AUGGUAGUCAAACCCGAAUGCGAAAAUGAUAAUGGAGGAGGCGGUUCUGGUGGUGACAACGGAGGCGGUGAUGACAAUGGUGGUGAAGGCGGUGGUGGUGCCGGCAACGGAGAGUGCAACUGCACCCCUGGCGAGGCACCAUCGAUCUGUGGGAAAAACGGUUCUGAUGGAGUAUUGAUUGCUCACGAGAACUGCAACCAAUUCUACAAGUGUGCUCACGGAGUCCCUGUCGCUUUAGAAUGCUACGGCAACCUCAUGUACAACCCGUAUAAGAAGUACUGCGACUUCCCUGAAAAUGUAGACUGUGGCACCAGAGUCAUACCCGAAUGCGAAAAUGAUAAUGGAGGAGGCGGUUCUGGUGGUGACAACGGAGGAGGUGAUGACAAUGGCGGUGAAGGCGAUGGUGGUGCCGGCAACGGAGAGUGCAACUGCACCCCUGGCGAGGCACCAACGAUUUGUGGCAAAAACGGUUCUGAUGGUGUACUGAUUGCCCACGAGAACUGCAACCAAUUCUACAAGUGUGCUCACGGAGUCCCCGUCGCUUUUGAAUGCUACGGCAAUCUUCUAUACAACCCCCAUAAAGAGUAUUGUGAUUUCCCUGAAAAUGUAGACUGUGGGGAUAGAAUUAUUGGAUAGGGAACUACAGAGAGUAUUUUUUAUAGCUUAAGAAUUUUUUUUAUAGCUUAAGAAUUUUGUAAUCAGUUAUAUAAGUGGUCCAAUGAUUAUAAUAAAUGGUUAAAUUAUUAAUUCUUAAGAAUGUCAAAGUCAAAAUAUUUUUUUGACAUAAAAUCAAAAGAUUUCUCGUCAACGUCGAUCACAAAAAAUACAAUUCAGAUACAUACAUAUUAAUUACACAAAAGUUGAAACAUAUAGGUAUAUAUUUUUAAAAUAAUGCAAACCAGUGAAACAAUACAAGGUUGAACCAUAAAAUCCAUAAAAAAACAACUAUAAUUCUAUUCAAUUCCAUAUUGUAAUAUCGUUUACGUAAUCUUCAAUACUGUAAUAAGCCUUCGACAUAAGUCUGCGUUUAAAAAAAAACAACUAUAAUACUAUUCAAUUCCAUAUUGUAAUAUCGUUUACGUUAUCUUCAAUACUGUAAUAAGCCUUCGACAUAAGUCUGCGUUUAAAAAAAAACAACUAUAAUACUAUUCAAUUCCAUAUUGUAAUAUCGUUUACGUUAUCUUCGAUACUGUAAUAAGCCUUCGACAUAAGUCUGCGUUUAAUAAAAGAUUUAAUUUAUUUAUUGAUAAUUCAGAUACACUUUUUGGUAAUUUAUUCUAAAAUUUAAUGUCGAAUCAGCGAAUCUUAAGAAUGUAUCUUAAGUGAUUAAAUAGUGAUAGUUUUUUUUUAAUCGUGUUUAGCAUGGCUAGUAUUUUUUUAUUUUAGACUGAUUUUUUAAAUUAUUUUUUUUAGACUCAUUUUAGUUAAUUUGUCAAAAUAUAUAUUAUGAUCGAGAUUUUAUUGAAACUGAAAAUAAACUUAAAUAUUACCU